AUGAGAAUCGCCACACUUCAAUUCGCACCCAAGUUGGGCGAUGUUGAGGGGAACAUCAAGCGUGCGAACGACUUACUAGGGAAGCAAAACUUUACAGGCCUUCAGGAGUCAUCAUCACAGGAGCUGUCGGGUCGUGGUGAUAUCGACUUUCUCCGACCAGACCUUCUUGUUCUACCUGAAUUAGCAUUUACCGGAUACAACUUCACAUCACGAGAAGCCAUUGAGCCUUUUCUGGAGCAGGUUGGCGAUGGACCCAGCGCCCAAUGGGCCCGGGAAAUUGCAAGACGCUUACACUGCAAAGUUUGCGUGGGUUAUCCCGAGAUUGAGCACAGCUCUGAUGGCUCAGGAUCACCCAAAUAUUACAACUCCUUGCUUGUGGUCGAUGAGUCCGGCUCGGUGAUUCACAACUACCGCAAGAGCUUUUUGUACAUGACCGACGAAACAUGGGCCACCGAGGGCGACGUGGCGCUGGGUCUCUGUCAGCUUCCAUUUCCAUCAGUCGGUUCUUCUGAAAUUCCGGAAAACCGUUCCCAGCUUCAUCGGGAAGAUUCUGGUCCUCGGAGACAAGUGGCCACUUCAUUUGGUAUUUGCAUGGACAUCAAUCCAUAUAAAUUCGAAGCGCCUUACUCGGCCUACGAAUUCGCCAACCGCGCGCGGGAUUCUGGCUCGCAGCUCGUCGUCUUGUCCAUGGCGUGGUUGACACACAUGAGUCAGCAAGAAAUGACCGACUUGAGGGGCAGACCCGACAUGGACACUUUCACCUACUGGCUCAAUCGGUUUAUGCCACUCAUCUCGAAGAAGAUGCGGCACGUGGGGGACAUUGAUGGGUCGAGCGCAUCAACCGAAAAUGGGGUCAAGAGGGCUGUACUGGUGUUUGCCAAUCGCGCUGGAGAGGAAGCUGGUGCAGAUGAUACAAAACCCGUGGCGCGGUAUGCGGGGACGAGUACGAUCAUGGCUUUGACGCAGAACCCCCGGAAGGCUGCAGCCGGGGCUAGAUCCGCGUCCGGGUCACCAGAGAAGCGCCCUGCAGCUAUGAUCGACCCAGAAGAGGCCAGUGAGGAUGAGGAUGAGGAGGUUGAUACACAGGUUGUCUGCUGGGAUCUUCUUGGGGCGGCGGAGGAAGGGAUCUGUUUUGCGGAUACUACGGCAGUGCCGAAAAUGGCAUUUCGUCUCAGGUCUAGAGGAGGCCAGAGUGACUCGGAUGAGAUGUCCGAUCAAUGA